GUGAGGGUUGGGCAAAGAACACAGAAAUGUUUUUGACAACGGACACCUUUCGACAGCAAGCAUGGACAAUAACUAAAUAAACUUAUUUAAAAGGUGUUUUUAAAAUGGCAGAUCCAGUGUUUGACCAAAUGACAAGGCUGAGAUUGAAAAUGCUGGAAAAGAGACUGGAGAAUGAGAGAAAUGACAACACUGAACGAGAGGGUUCAGCACUUUCCACAAGAAGUUAUGAUGGUCAGGCAGAUGCAUUACACAGCGCUCUGAGACGGAAGAGAAACCUCCUACAGAGACUGAGGGAACAGCAUAUGAUGGAGGAUCUGGGAAGGCCACACACAUGGGGUGGAUCUCAUAGGCAAUAUCAUUAUGAACCUCUUCUUGGGCCACUCCAGCCUGUGCCUCCCAUCCAUGUCUACCAAAGUGCACCACCUGCUCCUCUUCCUCCUCCUGUCCCUCAACCCCCUCAAAUCAUUCAACACACCGUUCCUCAGCAGCCAGCCACCAUUAUCCAGCAGUUACCACAGCAACAGCCUCUCAUAGCACAAAUCCCACCCCCACAAACCUUUCCCUACAGAUCUGGAAGUAUUAAAGAAGAUAUGGUGGAGUUGAUGCUCAUGCAGAAUGCUCAGAUGCAUCAGAUCAUCAUGCACAAUAUGAUGCUGAAGGCUCUUCCACCAAUGGCUGUGUCCCCAGGAGGAAAUCCCAAUCAUAUCACUCCUCACACAGCCUCACAUUCAGGGCAGGAACUUUAUUCAACAGUGAGAGGAGGGGCUGUUCAUCAUCACCAUCACUACGGCUCCCAUGGACCACCUCUCCCUCCAAUUGGCUACUCUGUUUGGCCCUCUACAAUGUCAGCAGGACAAGGCGGGACUUAUCAGCCAGCAGUGCAGCAUGUGAUUGGUCCUGUAACUCUGCCUCCCUUAAACACAAUGGGAAUUGAUGCAAACUCCAGAACUCCACUUGGACUCUGAGGUAAACAUAAACCAAAUUGCCAAGUGCAGACGGAUCCUGCUUCAUCUUCAAAAACAGAUUACACAUUGACAUAAAUGUUUUUAGAUUUAAUUUAAAGUUUUCAAUAUGGCAGGCAUUUUAUUGUGUUUUUAAUUUCGUUAUAGCCUAAUAAUUUAAGGAUUUAUUAAAUGUUAUUACAGUGAUAUUUUAAAAGAGCUUCAAUUGUGUUACUCGGUUUAAUAAAAAUGUUAAAGUCA